AUGGACGAAUUCCCGUGCUGCCCGCACUGGACCAAGAAUACGAGAGAGGUCCUGGCCCAGCCGGCGAAGAACAUUGACCCCGACCAUAUUGUACGAUUCGAGGCUGUCACGGAACGGUUCGGUCUGAACGGAAUCUUCAAGAACGUCGUCGACGAGGCCAUUGAUGUCUACUAG